AGGUUUUCAAGAAAAUUUUAAUGCCGAAACUCGAGGCAAACUUGAAAGUUUUGGGAAGUCAAACACAGGAUGCGAAAGCCAAAGUUCAUACGGUGCUGUCGUCAGUAACAAUUGCUUACGUGUUUACCAAGUACAAUGUUUAUUUGACAUACGAGAAUCAUGAAAUUUUAUUGAAAUGUCUAAAGCUUCCUCCAAAUAAGGAAGCAUGUUUGGAAUUUAUGAAGAGUAUUGAUAAUUUCGACAACAACAUCUUAACGUAAGUUUUUUUAUUGCUCUUCAAGGAUAUCGCGUGGUUGAAAUAAAGGACAUUGCUAUUACAUAAACAAUGACAAUGUAAAAAGUAAAAUUUUGCCUAGAAAUCGUUAGUAUACGUAUUGAAAAGAUUAAGAUAUCUUUUAGAAAUCUCCAAGAGGCACUAGCGUCAUCUGAACACGUUUGCUUUGCUAAUUGUACUUCAUAUACAGGGAUACUGCAUGCUUGGACUUGAAAUAAUGUUCCUGAUCAAUUUUGAUUUUGCAUAAUAUAAUACUUGAAGUACAUUCAUGUGCACACUCGAGAACAUUAAUUUCUACUUAUCAUAUUACGGAGUCAUCAAUAACACAACAUAUAUAUAUAUAUAUAUAUAUAUAUAUAUAUAUAUAUAUAUAUAUAUAUAUAUAUAUUAUAUAUAUAUAUAUAUAUAUAUAUAUAUAUAUAUAUAUAUAUAUAUAUAUAUAUAUAUAUUGCGAUUAACAGUACGCAUGUAACACACAAAACUAGUAAAUAACGUAACCUUGGCUCACCAUCUGAGACCUUAUACAGUAAUUCAAUGGUUAUAUCAGAAGGUUACGUGGUUCGAUUCCCGUUAGAGAUCAGAACUUUUCUGAGUAUCUGGUUUGAUACGCACCUACACAAAAUAUCUUACAAGCUCUGCAUGUAGCCCACAUUUAUCCUUUGGCCGUGCCAGGCCUAACCUUCUUGAAAUAACAAAAGAAAGUAAAGCUUGUGCCCAAAAUCGCCUAAACUCGUAUGCAUGGCCGUAACGUACAUCGACAUGUUUGCCUUUUAACAUACUUUUCUCGAGUAUGUUCGGUAUAUAUACCCUGUCAAUGUCGUCGGAGUUUAAAUUUGCAAUGGAAUACGGCAAAAAAAGCGAUAGUAUAUUUAGCCCAAAUAUAACCAUGUCUGACUUCAUCUGCUCAAAAACUGAUAAUCAUUAAAUAACUCAAAUAUUUUAACCGCUGCAUGGAGUGGCUUAUGUUCGUUGUCCAAUCAUGCAAGUUUGAGUUGUUAACGAUUUCCAAUUUUUUAACAGAUGAAACAAGACACGAAUAUAUUUAGGCCAAAUACCAUUGUUCCUUCGCCAUAUUCUAUUGCAAAUAUAAACUCUUUGUCGAUUUAGUAUCUUUUUAUAUAUUUAUACAUGACCGUUCUUCAUGGGUAUACUGCAUUUAUAAUAUAUAUAUAUAUAUAUAUAUAUAUAUAUAUAUAUAUAUAUAUAUAUAUAUAUAUAUAUAUAUAUAUAUAUAAAUAUAUAUAUAUAUAUAUAUAUUUAAUUAUUUAUGAAAUAAAGUACAAAACAAACGUUGUUACUCAGAGUUUCAUGCCUGAGUUUACAGACAAUCUUCGGACAACUAAAGUUCUGUUAACUAAAUUUGACGGUUUGGUUUUGUUUGCUUGCGCGUGCAUGAUUGCGCACGUUGUUCGAUUGCCCGCGAAUGUAUUUUCCCGCCAGAAAUUGUUUUUGAUGGACGCAAUUCGAGAAUAUUUCACUUCUUUUGUUGAGCAGCGAGUUCUUUUUAAAUUUCAUGAUGAAAAGGUUUUCGUCGCUACACAAAUUGCACUGAUUACGUCCGGAUCUGUACGCACUCGAAUGUUUUAAGAUGGUCCAUGGUUUUAAGAUGGAGUUUAAAGAAAAGCAAUCGCCCAUACAAAAUUAAAUGGACCAUCUUAAAACAUUCGAGUGCGUACAGAUCCGGACGUAAUCAGUGCAAUUUGUGUAGCGACGAAAAACUUUUCAUCAUGAAAUUUAAAAAGAACUCGCUGCUCAACAAAAGAAGUGAAAUAUUCUCGAAUUGCGUCCAUCAAAAACAAUUUCUGGCUUGAAAAUACAUUCGCGUGCAAUCGAACAACGUGCGCAAUCAUGCACGCGCAAGCAAACAAAACCAAACCGUCAAAUUUAGUUAACAGAACUUUAGUUGUCCGAAUAUUGUCUGGAAACUCAGGCAUGAAACUCUGAGUAACAACGUUUGUUUUGUACUUUAUUUCAUAAAUAAUUAUAUAUAUAUAAAUAUAUAUAUAUAUAUAUAUAUAUAUAUAUAUAUAUAUAUAUAUAUAUAUAUAUAUAUAUAUAUAUAUAUAUAUAUAUAUAUAUAUAUAUAUAUAUAUAUAUAUGGGUUUGUAGCCCCCAUCCAGCCUUUGCCCGUGCCAGACCUAUAACUAUAUAUAUAUAUAUAUAUAUAUAUAUAUAUAUAUGGGUUUGUAGCCCCCAUCCAGCCUUUGCCCGUGCCAGACCUAUAACCCUGCAUGAAAUCGCCUAACUCGUAUACAUAACUGUAAACUAUGUUUUACCUUUUAACAUAUUUCUCUCUAUUAUAAGUUCAGUAUACCCACGAAGAACGGUCAUGUAUAACUAUAUAAAAAGAUACUAAAUCGACAAAGAGUUUAUAUUUGCAAUAGAAUAUAUAUAUAUAUAUAUAUAUAUAUAUAUAUAUAUAUUGAAUUAUAAAUAUCUUAAAAUAACAAUUCUGAGUCCAGUCAAUAUGCUUUUGCCUUUUAUUGAUAUAUUUUUUAUACAUUAUAAUAUAAAAGAUUGAUUUUCUUUUAAUCUUCUUUUCAUUCCUGUAUUUUUUUUAUAUGUAUAGUCCCUUCAUCCAAACAAUCCUUCAGUAUUACCGAAAACAAUCGUCAAACAGGCUUUUUGUUCGUCAUUGGCUGUCUGCUUUGCCUUUGCUGCAUUUUCUUCGGCGUGAAACGAAGCCAUUUGACGACAUGACUUGUGAGAAACCCAUUAAUUUCUCAAACUCGAAAUGGUGGGGAUUAGGAGAGUUGCCGUGUAAAGAUAUUCAAAAACAUAUUACAGCAGGGUAAGCUUUAUCAUUUUGCUAUGGGAUUUUUUGUUUCCCAUCUGCUCUUCUGAGAAUUUAGACACUUGUUACCGUUUUCCCUAAUUUUUCUUGUUAAGCGUAUAUGUUUACUCUAAUUUAAGAUGGAAUCUCAUAGAUUCGUAUAUUCUAAAAGAGGUCAGUUUUUGCGUCUUUCAUCUUUUUCUCAAGUUUAGUACUAUGUGCACGAUUGCUGCGCAUUGGAUUCGAAUCUUCAAAGGAAAAAUGUUUUUAGGCCAAUUAAAUAUUAUUAUAAGGUAAUUGUAUUAUAUGAAAGUGUUUUUGUUCUUAAUUUUAAACACUGUUUAAUAUUCCUUUGCCUGUAUUCACAGUUAAGCAAUAAAAUUAUUAUUUGGCUGAAAAAAAUUCAAAAUAAAAACCCUGCACAGACAAUCUGGACAGUUGCUAAAUUUACUUGCCCCAAUAAAUUCAGAUCAAUUGCUGUAUGUAUAUAGUCAAACAUAUAUAUAAGCUUGAGACGGGAACUAAUCUCAUGCAGAUGGAAUAUUUAUGCAAGUUGAAUGUGGGUUUGUCCAGGCUAUUUUUAUUUUGCCUUUUUAUUAAAUACGGCGCGUCCCACUAGAAUUACAGAACUAUCAUUCUCCCCCUAAAACCUUCAAGAAAUCGCCAAUUCUUAAGGUUACAGAGCACCUUUUUAUUGGUUUCGAUGAAGGCAUUAGACUAGUUCUACUAUCUGACCAAGUUUGAACGAAAAAUGUUGAAAACUUGCAGAGUUAUUUAAUAAAAUACAUUUCGCUGCAAUAAGAAAAACAUUGAAAAUGUAAUAUUCAAAUUCAAUUUUCUCCCGAAAAAUUUUACGGUAAUUACUGAUUUUCAAACGAGUUGUGCUCCUGCGGGUUUUAACCAUUUUUUUUCAAACUUGCACAGAACAUAGCUAAAUACGUCAGCUUCAAAAUUGUGUUCGGCUUUUUUUAAAUUUUGGAUAUUUUAAAAAUAAAGAACAAUUCACUCGAACAAUUCAGAAAUAUAUUGCAGUCGUCAAAGAAAUCGCCAUAUCAGCGGGAUGACGAAAUAAACAAAAAUUUCCGAACACGAUUUUUUAGAACAACUAUUUUACUGUAUAAAAAUGAUAUUUUCAUAAAUAUAACUUAAAACCAGCAGGAGCACAACUCAAAAGCGUAAAGGUACCGUGACUUAAGAUUUUCCUGAAUAAUUGUUACAUUAUUUUAUUGUUUGUUAAUUUUACAACUUUAUCAUAUUUUGCAUGCACUGGAGAACAUUUGGUGAAAAUUUGAUGAAAAUCGGACUGAUAUUGAGCGCGCAGUAGCGAUUUUCCGCAAAACGCCAAAAAGGGUGUCCUGUAACCUUAAUCUUAAUCUUAAUCUUAAGUUCUUUCUUUUCUUUAUAGCGAAGCCAUCGCAAUGUUACAAAAUCUGGAGAGUGCAUUUGAUAUGGAUCGUUUGCUCAAGCGUACAUUCUUGAUACUAUGUCCUGUGGAGAUAUAUGUAUACCUUUUAAAGACUGGGAGCUUUUCGUGUUUGGAAUUGUGCAUCACAAUGAGAAAAUUAUUGCCCGAUAAAACAAGCUUUUCAUACUCAGAGAGUUUCGUAAGUAGCUAUAUACAUUAAAUCAAAAUAACGUAAAAGCAAAUUUCCACUUUUCUACAGUGCUACCACUGAUAUUAGGAUAGGUGCAUGCAGCACUGUUGUUAUAAAAAGUUAGAAAUAGGUUUAUACUUACUAAUUAAAUUAUAUUUUGAAUGUUCAAAAAAUCAGAAUGUUUAAAAUUUGUUUUUCGCGUGGUGUAUAUAAGAGGUUCUUUCACAUUUAUUCUUUAAUUGAUUCUGUUGACACGAACCACAACUUUUAACCAUCUCCUCGAUAUGAGUAUUUAUGUUCACCGAGAAUGCUGAUCCUUUGGCUCUCAGUUUGCACUUCUCUGCCCUUAAGUGAGCGCUUCAAUACUUCGGACUGCAAACUCUUCGGAAUUAGAAUCCAAGUUCGUUUCAGUAUAUCAAUCCAUCAAAAGCAUGCAGUUAGUCUUUCACGAUAAUUUCAAUAGGCGAGGCGUGCAAGUGACUUUGGCAAUAUGCUCUCUUCUCAGACCAACCUUAAGUGAUGAAUGCAUGUGUUGAGGGAGUUUCUUCCUUGAUUUGUUGCAUUCGGGUUGGGCUCGCAUUCAAAUGCAUUUCGAGCUCGUGAACGGACAUAUGCAUCCACUCCUUGAAUUGUACCACCUUCGCGAACGUUAAGCCGUCCUAUAUCCUUGCAUGCCUGCGCUAGUGCGCUCUCGUCUUUUAUAUCUAAUUAACACUCUUGCUCGUGUUUUAAAUACCGAUGUUCCAAAAAAAAGCUUGCGCUGUUUGCAUGUAACGUAAAAACUACAAAUUAAAGCUAUUACACUCAAAAUAAGUUUUAUUGCAUCCAGAAAGGGCUAACUUAGAUUUUGAUAUAUAACAUUCGAAUGUCCGUAUUGGUAAUGUUUAAAAUUUGCAUAAAGAUAUCUAUCAAAUAUUAUUUGGUUAAACUUGAUGUAAUAUAUGAACAACGAGAGCGAAGCGCGAGUGUUUUCAUACAUUGUUUUCGAGUGUUUGGAUAUCCCGGUGAGACACGAGCUCGAGUUGUUUAUAUGGCUUCUCAAAUGAAUCGAGACGUAACAGAAUGUUUUCGUUUGCUGAUUUGAAUAGAAUUCUUACCAAGAACCAAGCAUAACGUAAUUAGGAAUUCUAUUCAAGUGCAUGCGUAAUUAAGAUAUUUGAUGAAAGCACUAGUGACUUUCAUCAAGUUUCACCGGGUUAUCCAAAUGGCAUCUUGUGAUCAAAUAGGUGAUUAUCAUUAGCUGAAUUGCUCAUUAAUUAUUAAUGAAAUUGAGAAGCUUAUUUCGUUUCCCAAGAAACACGAAAGGCCAAUUACUUACUGGGACAUUAUCCGAAAUUAAAGUUAAGUUGAAGUGCUAAAAUUGAAAGUGUUAAUUUUUGUGGAAAUUGGCAAUUGUUUUCAUAUAAAUUUGAUCAGCCGUGUUUCUCGAUUUUUUUACUCAUUUUUAAAGCGUGCGCCAAAUUCAAACAUUUGUAUCUCACGUAAUAUUACAUGACAUUUUUAGGACUGUAUAUCAAGAUCUAGGUUAGCCUUUCCUCAAUACAAUAAAACUUAUUUGAGUGUAAUAGCUUUUAUAGUUUUUCCUUACAUGAAAUCAAACAGCGCAAGUUUUUUUUUGGGACACCCGGUAGUACACAAUAUAAACUAACUGUAAUUGCUAUGAAGCUCGCUAUGAGACAGUUUAGGGGAUAUAGACCGCUAAAAUACUGAGUUCUGAUUGGCUGAGUGGGGGUGAUCAUGUUAAGAGUAUGGGGAAUAUUAACUGUAUAGAAAUUGCGAUAAGUGGCGAAACAGAAACAAAACUUGGUAGUAUGCAUGGUACUCAUCAGUAGAUGUGAUAAUAUAGAAGCAGUGCACGGAAAAAGAUAGACUAGAAAAAUGAAAAGAGAAUAGAAAACUACAAUUGAGCUGAGUUCCUGUCUCCAUCUCUGACGGCUAUUUUUAAUCGUUCUCUUUUUAUGGGAAUUUAACUAGACUAUUGGAAGAUGGCUAGAAUGUUACCCAUCUUCAAAAGCGGGAAAAGGAUGGGCUAAGGUGUUUGGCAGACUUGUUGAUCAAUUCUGCACUUACUUAACAUCUAAUCAGUUAAUUAAUUCUUACCAAUCUGGUUUUAGACCCACAUAUAGCACUCCUACCUCUGCUGGAAACAACCAAUAAUUGGUUUGUCAAUAUAAACAGGGGUCUUCUAAACGGUGUAGUUUUCAUCGAUUUAAGGAAGGCCUUUGACACCAUUGACCAUGAAAUUCUACUUUCCAAGCUUAGAGCUCACGGUGUUGAUGACUUGGUUCUACCUUGGUUUCGAUCAUAUCGUAAGGACAGGUGCGUCAAUGGUCAGUUCUCAAAUAGCUCUUUUAUAACGAAGGGAAUCCCCCAAGGUUCUAUUAUUGGGCCUCUUUCGUUUUUGGUCUAUAUCAAUGAUCUAGGAAUAACUCUAAGAAUAACUUUAGAUGAAAACCUUAUUUGAAGAAACCAUGUCGAUGUCAUUAACAAAAAGAUCUCUUCUGCAGGCGUUGGUGCGCUUAAACUUGUGCGAGGGGUGAUUGAUCAAGAAACCGCAAAUAAAGCUUAUCAAGGUUUUAUUGAACCUUCUACUGUGGGAUGGGCUCGGAGAUAUGUACUCUGAGUUAUAGGCUCCAGAACUUCAAAACAGAGCAGCUCGCGUUAUACCGCGUUCUUCAUAUGAUAUCUCAUCUAACCUCCUCGGUCAGUUGAAGUGGAAUAAUUUAUCCGUUAAUCGUGAAAAACAGAAAACUAUUCUCAUGUAUAAGACGCUUAGCGGUCAAACACGUCAGUAUUUAUACAUGAGAUGUUUACCUCUAGAAGAUGUCAGUAUUCUCUCAGGAAUUCUAAUGGCAAGUUUAUUCCUAAACCUAUUACUGAUUACCUAAAGCGCUUCCUUUUCUUACAGUGGAGCAUUUCUCUGGAACAACUUGCCAGAAUCUCUUAGAUUAUCGCCAUUUCUCACGGCGUUUAAAAGUAGUCCGGAAUCACUAUAUUCUAGACGAACUGACUCCCACACGGCAACCAUGCAGGUAGAACAGUACUCUUUCCUUUUAUCUCUUCUCUCCUUUCUCAUUUAUUGUAUUUAUUUUUAUAUUUACAAACUUGUAAAUAUAGCAAUAGUUUUGAAGUACUGAUGUUUUUUUCCGUGUUUAAAUAAAAUGAUAGAAUGGAUGGGACAACAUGCAGGAUGACAAUCUAUGUGCAUGCGCAGACCAUAGAAAUAAUACAUAUAGAAUGCUCAAUCACAAAUCAUGUCUCCACUUUUCCCCAUGCGUGCGGCACCCUUUUAAAUCUGCUAUAUCGAAUUUGACUAGGAAUGCAAACAAAGCUAAAACCAAGUUUUGAUCGUCAAAAAGUUUUGUCUUGCUGUUUAAUUUAUAAUUUGAGGCUAAGUUCUUUGAUAGCACAAAGCAAGUAUAUAAGUGGUGCAUCAGUUGUUCACUUACAUGCAAAAACGGUGAAAAUCAUGCAGCCUUGUACAAAACAAAGUAGUUUCGCGUAAAUAUAAUUUACUCAUUAAUUAUUUUUGCAUGCUCUGAGAGUCGCUGUUUCGCUAAUACCUUAUUAAAAUUACAAAAAUUAUUAUUCAAAAAUUAUUAUUAAUGUUUUUAAAACAAAAAGUAUUAAGUUAUCGGUGAACUGUAAAUCACCUAAAUAAUCGUCGAAACUGUGGUUUCAAAAGCGUUGGCUCAGUCAACAUAGAAAAAUAUGAAAGUAAUUGUGUAAGUUUAAAAAGAUUAUUCAAUUAUACAUAUUGCAAAACAGUUGAAAUAUUUUUAGAACAUAUGUACCUAUAGAGUUUGUCUUGAUCUUUUGUGGUUUGUUUUGGCUUGCACAACGUUGAAAAUGAAUUUUUAAAGAACGAUUUCUGUGUCAUAUUCUGUGUCAUAUUCUGUUCAAAAGUAUUGCUUUUCUGGAUGGGUUUUUCAGAAGUUUAUCUCCUUUUUUUAUUUUAAGUCUUAAUAUAAAAUCUUUUUUUGCAAACUGUGUUGAAAAAAACAAACAAUUCGCACUUCCUGCAACAGCUAUAAAUUUUUUGCCACAGGAGUAACUUUGUUGAAAAAAACCAAUUCGCACUUCCUGCAACAGCUAUAAAUUUGUUGCCACAGGAGUUUGGGACGAGCGAAAAUGCUCUUAUAAAUCGACCAUUUUGUAGAGACAAUUUUUACUGAGAAACGAUAGAAGAAGACAUUCUAUUCUAUUAUUUCUAUGGUGCAGACGCAAAAAGAAAUCGAGUGUUUACUGUGGCUUUCAGUGGUUUUAUAUAAACAUAUUGUAUGUAUUUAUAGCAGAAUUUUACCAUAUGGUUCAUGUAUAUACAGUAUAUGAACUUAUAGCACGAUUGGCUCUGUUUUGUUUGAUGUGCUGCGGAGGUUAACUGGAAUAUUUACCCCGAAUUGCCAUUUCAGAGUAAUACCCAGGUUUAAAUAUAUAGAAUUAAUUGCCUAAAGACCCAGAAUCCGUAUUUGUGCUAAAGAGGCAACUACAAACUCAAGAAGUAAGCCCCUAAUCUCCUUCUCGUCUGGAUAAACGCUGUGUGUCUCUGGACGAGAAAGAGACUACCGGUCAUUCCUAAGGCCCAUCAAAAAUCACCUAACUCCUGAGGAUUAAACUAAAAAAGAUAUGAACAACCUGUAAUGGAGUUUAAAAUAUUGUUUUAAGAAUUCUUUCAAAUGAACUAAACUAAUUUUUUAUUGCCAAUGUCCUUUAAAUUCAUCCGUUGUCGGUGUUCAACGUAUACACAAAAUAAAUUGUACGUGAUUUAUCUACAAGCACAUGUAAUAAUAUUGUUUUAUGCAUUUUCAGGUAAAAUCGCUGGCAGUAUUUUUUAAGGAGCUAAACGAAACAUUAUCAAACAUGAGGUAUUAUAUUACCCUUACCUGUUAGUUUUACUGUGUGUAUAGUCGUUGUACACUAUAAGAGGCGUAUGAUCAUUAUGCAUUCAAAGCUGAGAUCUGGUAUUUAUAUAGCUAAUUGUUAAUUACUGUAUGUUAAUGUUACUUUAUUAUUUACAGUCUUGCGUAUAUCUAUGAGUAUAUUUUUUGAUUCGCCAAACAGAUAACUUUGAGUUAUGACUUGAAACUUUUUAGUUGUCGCUAGGUGCAGUGAAGCGAAGACAAGUGGUGCUCCAUUCAGCAAUAUAUUUCAUGCAAUUUGCAAUGCCCAUUAUGAAAUAUACGAUAAAUUAAGAACACCAGUGCAGCCGUUUGACGCAAAUCUGACAACUGAAGAUACAAUUAGAAAAGACAGUAUUGCCAAACAACUUGCACGAAAUAAUACAAUUAGAAAAGACAGUAUUGCCAAACAACUUGCACGAAAUAGGGUGCACACAAUCACUGCAAUGCUGACAAAAGUUGCCGCAUGAGCUGCCUUGGUGCAAUCAAAAUUGCAAUGUGUAACAACGCGCCUUGUGUAGUACACACCAUGACGUUCAAUAUGUAAUCAUAAUAUAGGUUUAUUGUGAAGAUCACUAAAGCUUCAUUGCAUGUUAUUAUUAGUUUGGGCUAAACCUGACCAAUUCAAGUGUAGCGAAUUUGUCAUCAAAAAUCGAUAAUUAGUAAAAUCCAUCAGCCUUAAAAAGCCAUUGUGAAAAUAUUUCCUGUAGUUUUACUAUAAUCGUAUGUAUUUUUUUCUCUCUUUCAGCCCUUCAAAAUGUCCAAAAUAUCGACUGCCUGAGACCUUGAUUUUACUUAAUAGCUUGGUGCGUCUGGCUGUAAAUUUAACGCAUUAUCUUGAACUUAGUCAAGUUGAAGUUCUUUGUCGCUUGGUGGAGUGUUUAGUUACUGCUAUUGAUCUUCAAAAGAGAGGAAUUGAUCUUGAAAAUGACUCUGUGGUAUCCGAACGUGAAAAUGAUUCCGAUGAGAACCUUUCCACGCCAUACCAAUUGACAGAUAUUUCGAAAAUGUCAUCAUUUUUCAACGAACAAUUUGCGGCUGUUGACGAUUUUAUGAAUAAGAAGCUCUCUGCAGUUUACCUUGAAUAUUGUAGGGCUUCAGAAUGGAACCAGGAAUUGCGGGUCAGUGAGUGUUACGACAUACUUUAGUAUAAAGUGGUGAAAUGUAUUGACGUGUACUUUGGAGGCUUCAUUGCAAUUAGCGUAUAUAAUUUUAAAAAAAUUACGUGUAUACUGUAGGUUGUAUAAGUAAAAUAAAAACACGUCACUUUCUCAUAAAAUGAAGAAUAUUAUAUUGCCCUAACAUAUUUUUUAUCUGUUGUAUCGGAUUCUUCAGUUUUGCUUAUAUACAAUUAAAUAUAUACCACUGUCUGUGUGUCUGUGGCGGCUUCCAUUUCCUUUUUUAUUACGUGAAUAUGUACGGUGCAUUUUGGCUUUGUUAUCAGCUCUUUUUACCACUUGUGAACAAUAAUUUUGAUUGUAAUUCUCUUGUGUAGGCUUGGACCGAACUGUUAUCAUUGUCUGCCCCGGAGAUCUUCAAAAAACCGUGGAAGGAUAAAUUCAUCACUAAAUUUAAGAGUAGAAUACACAAGGUAUUGUAUGAUUGCGCAUUUCAUAUUGGUAUGCGCACGCAUCAAAUAUACGGAACCUACUCUCAUUCCUAUCCUCAAUGAAGAAUAUGCAUGCAGAAUCCUUUGCUUUUCUACUCAUUAUUGGGGCUAAUCAGGGUGAGCCGGGAGGAAUUGCACGUCAAACUGCAUGUUCUGAAUGAUGAACUGUACCAUUUAUUGUCUGGGUUACAAGAAUUUUGAAAACGUAUUCAUCUAUAAUAACCAACAUCUCAAAAUUAUAAUUACCUGAUGUGUGCAUAAAUUAUGUACAAUUAAAGCGUGUUGAUUGCAAAUUAUUCCAAAUAACUGCAUUUGCCGAAUAUUUAAGUUUUUUGUGUAAUCCACGUGAUCACGCAGAGAAAAUGUUAUUUUUAUCCAAUUUUAGGUGCCACUUCUCCGUCAGAUUGACCUAUUUGCUUUAUUUGACCAACAAAAAUGUAAUACAGAUAUUGUAACAUGUUUAAGUGACUCUGCUUUCGAGGCUGUGGACAAACUUGCAAAAGUAAGUAUGUGAAGUUAGUUUGCAUAGAGAAAAUCGAACAUCUAGAGAAACAGAAACACAUUUUCGGAAGGGGGGACUGGUACACAGCAGCACGAAAUGUCUUUUGCCGUGGCUGCGCAUGGACAAGGCCUGAACAUACAUUAUAUUCAUUCAUUAUAGCGCAUAUAGGUUAUUGCAGUUGUCAGUUUAUAUACAGUUACGUUUCUACAGAAUAUAUAACUUUUUGUUGUGCUAUUUAUCAAUGCGCUUAUUCUGAUGUCGUUUUCUGCGAAAAUAAUGCAUGUUUCUUGUAAAGCAAAAUACAUUGUCUGAAACAAAUCAAAGGAUGUGUUUUGGUCUAGUCCAGCUUGAUAUGAUGUUUCUCCACAAGAUUGCUAGUCACAAAUUGUCAAAAAUAUCUGAAAUUAACUCAAUUUGCUUAUGUCAGCAAUAUGCAAAUUAGGUAAAUGCAUUAAUUAAGCAUGCGAAUUAAAGGCUGAUUUUUUUUGAAAAAAUGAAUAGUUAAAGGACUUAAACUAAAGCAAAUUGUCUGAAAUUUUGUACAGUAAUUAAAAACCCAGCAAAUGUUCCAGUCAUUAACUCAAAAUACAAUUAAAACUUUUAAAUUUCGUGCGCAAGCCAUUUUUAGUUUGUUGGAAAAGACACACCCCCUGGUUUACAAAAUUUGAGUUUGAAAAUUUUUUUUUCACUAUUCUAAAUUAUAAGUACCCGAAGAAACUAUAUAAAAAUGAAAAACUGGAUACUAAUAGCUGUUUUUCGAAAUUGAGAGCAAUUUCAAAUCUGUUCAGUUCUUAUACACCCUGUAUAAACUGAUCUUAGUUACUCGACGAGGAGGUAAGGAGUUGUUUGGUAGUGCUUUUUUAAAUAACGUUUUUAAAUUGCUUAUGAAUAGUUAUUUUUUAUCUACAGUACUUUUUUCUAGUGCUUGUGUUGCAGUAUGUAUAGUUUUGCAAUCUUAUCUUUGUAGGGCGGUCAAGGUGAAAGAGAUGCUUUCGAGCGUUUAUCUCGGAACUCUUCAACCAAUGCUAUAAGAUUGCUCAGGGAGAUGCUGCGUAAAGCCUGGCCAACGGAGAAAAAGGAAGACAAUCAAUUAAAUGACAGAGAGAAGGAUGAAGUUUUGCUGAAACAUCUCCUAACUUGGUCAACCUGGCCAGGAUUCUUAAAGUUCUUCGGUAAGAAAUUUUCAAAGUGAGUGUAUUCGGAGUAAACAUAAUUAAAGAUGGGCAUAAUUACCGGGGCAAAGUUGUAAAUAUCACAGAUGCAGGUUUACAAUUUCCCAUGGUUUUGGUAAAAAUUAUAAAUAUAUAAUUAAAAAUUACAAAACCAUUGUAUUUUCCGAACAUGAAGUAUCUAAAAUAGUUGUCAUGGUAACACGAUAAUUUUUUAAGAAUAUUCUUACAAAUGAAAAAUCGCCUAAAAAUUUCACUUUUAAUUACAAAUUUAUCAAUGUCCCAACAUAUAUAUGUUAGGUAUGUUAUUAUACGUAAUAUAAGCUUCAAUUUAAGGUAAAAUGCAACCACAAACGCUUCGCAAAACGUUUUAAAGUGUUCUUUAUAAAACUAAACUGCCUUUAAUUAAAUGGCUUUAUCGAUAAACUUUGAGUUUGCAAUAAAAUUAGCAAUUAUAAAGCAAUUAUAAAAUUUUUAGUUAAAACAAACUUACCUUCGUUAACGUCGGCUCCCUUCUUUUAGCCGAUUCUUCCGCCCUUUCUUCCUGAGAAAGCUAUUGAAAUUUACAAAAUCUUGCAAAAAUGCGAGCAAAAAUGAAAUAUAUUUGCAAGAAAUUUACCAAUCAUCAAAUCAAGAAAUGUUUGCUAUUUCGCUGUCGUCAUGCAGUCGUUAUAAUGCAAACUUUAAAUUGGAUCAAUCAGUGUCAACAGGUGAGAAAAUUGUCGUCGCUGACCAAAUUUAUCGCGGCCGCUUUCUUUUUGCCAGCACAAAAUUGUGAAAACAACAAAAACACAGAUUUCGCUACCCUGUUUCUCGUACUGCAGCAGAGGGAAAACAAAAGAAAGCUAGCAGACGUAAACGUUAAUAAACGUUAAUCAAGAAUACAAUUACUUGUCGCAAUCGUGAAAUUAGCAGUCAAGAAUUCUUCGCUGAAACAUGGCCGAAAAUGACGUUUCUUGCAAAAUGUGUGUUUUCUAUGGCAAAUAACCUCGAGUAUGAACUUAAUACUGAUGGAAUAUUACUUGAAAUUUGUAGUACAUGCGUUUGUUGUCCUGGACAAAGUAUAAAUAUUUGGCCUGAGUGAUACUGUGCGCCAACGAUCAUCGUCAAAUUUCAGUAUGUGAGGUAUUUUGCUAAAAUUGCUUGUUUUUCCACCUUAAUUUUCUCAUAUAUACAGGUUGUGCCAAUGAAAUGUGAUUAGGUCAGAACAUGUGCUUUUCUUUCUAGUUUGUGUUAAUAGAAUGUAAAAUCGCCUAAAAAUGAAGAAAGUACUGAAUUUUGGCAACUUUCAUGUGCAAGUGUGAUUUAUACGAAAACUGCGACGCAGAAAAUGAGCAUCAGAAUGAAGAUUUUGCCCCGUAUUUUGCUAUAAUAGUUUUAAAAUAUUAUUUUAGGUUUUCAAAGUAUUGGAAAAACAUAUAAACAUCGCAAUCAGAUUUUUCUAUGACCCUCAUUUCGAAGCGCAAACUUUGUAUUAUUUUUAAACACAAUUCUGGCUCGUUCAAAAUCCUAUAAACACGAAUUUUGUCAUGUUACAGGUUGUGCCAACGAAAUAUCGCUGUUUUACAUUAAAUUUCAAAGCAUUUUAAAGUCGGUAUUAAAUUUCUUGACUAAUUUGUAAAAAAUGAAGAAGUUUUAGUAUUUUUGGUUUGAAUUUCACAUUUUAUUCAAGCUAUGAGACGACAUUUUACAAGGAAAUUUUUUGCUCUGUUUUGUUUUGCACUGAAAUAAUCUAUAUUAAUAGUUUACAUUGUGAAAUAUGUGGCAAUAUAGGAAAUCAAAAUAUUACUGCAACAUGUUUUGUCAGUGAAUCCAAUUUUUGUGGUGAUUUGUGGGCCUAAACAGCCGCCGCUAAAUUGUCUUUCGAAGGCUUCGUUCAUGUUGUUUAUGUUUUUGAAAUCAACCAAGUCCGCUAAAAACCCGAGCAGUUUUCGCGCAUGCUCAGUCAAUUUUCCCACCUGUUAUCAGUGUCCACUAUUCAUGACAGUCCGCCAUAUUUUUGAGAUCAGUGAGGAUGACCACCCACCCAACACCAUUGGUCACCCACGCCCGCGAUAUUUGAUGAACUUUUGACUUCGCUAAUGCUUUCGUUUCCCCGGGUGUAAAUAGCCGGGGGGGGGAAUUAAUACCCUCGCACGGCGCUUCGCGCCGUCGGCUCGGGGACAAAUACUCGGGGGUUUAGAGUAUAGCAUAUCAUGAGUUCAGUCGCUGAAGUGGGAGGUGAAGUCAUGUAAUCCAAUCAGAUGAAUUCCAUUUAAAUUGUAUUAAAAUGCUAUUUAAUAAAGAGUGAGAAAAUUAGAUUAAAAUUGCAAUUAUCAAAAUUCGAAGGGAAAUAUUCAAUUUGUGUAUUUUUUUACAAAUCAUUAGCUACAAUUAAUAUGAUGGUGGUCAACUGAAAUAAACUUCUUAAAAGAUCGGUUUCAUCGAUUACUUUAUAUUUACCAACAAAGCGAAUAACUGAAAAACCAAGCCAUUGUACAUUUGCGUCAUAUUACUUUUAAAAUUGCCUAAACGUACAUGCUCCAGAGGUAAAUUAUGUAAGAAGGAGUUUGUAUUAAAUAGGAUAUUAUUAUCCCAGAUCUAGGGAUCUUUAUUCUUUAUUCGGUAAGCUGCGCCGUUGUGAUUUGCAGGUUAAUUGACUUCAAUGGCGAAACGUUGUCGUGGAUAUCCUUGCACUGUUCACCGACACCGAAAUGAAUAAUUGUUUUAGCAUAUAUACCAUAACGAAACAAAAAUGCCAUAAAAGCAACAAGUAUUUUUUAUACAAUUUGUAUUUCAGCUCCCGUAAUAGUUGUAAACGGAACAAUUAUACGUUCAUUAACAAAACUUUAUGUUUUUUUUUGUAUUUGGCGAAAGCGCAGCUUUGUUUAGUAUAAACGUUUUCUCGUCUGUAACUAGAACUGAUUGGGAAGCCAUUUUGUUUUUGUCUGGAAGUGAGCAACCAAUCAAAUUGCUUGAAAAGCGCUAUCCACCUCCCAAGUAUAUGCUAGUAUAAUUUAUUUACUUCGCAACAUAAUUUAUACUGCUUUGUUUUUAACAACUAUUUUAGGUUGCCCUAAAUUUCGGAAAAUGAAUGACUUCUAUUUCUCGCUUUCGCCCUUUCUUUGCCCUACCCCCCCCCCAAAAAAAAAAUUGGCUAGGUUCCAGGGGUGGAUCUACAACCAUAGGGGUGGGUUGUGCGCACCCCACCUAGCGGUGUACAGCACCCCCUAGAGAAGUGCAGCACCACCCUAAAAAUAUGUUGCACCAUACAUUUUUAACUACUCAAAAUGCUUUAGUUGAAUAUCAUGGUUAAAUAUGUAAACAUGUCGGGGUUGUUAACUUGUUAUGCAGGCAUAUUUUGAAAUGCACUUUACUGUGUUGCUGCAACUGCCCAGUCAUGCAUAUGUGAUAAAAAACCAGCAUAUACUUUGUAAACAUAAUAUAAUGUGAAGUGGGAGAAGGCCCUAGGUCUAGGCUGGAAAAUUAUAUAAAGUUGCAAACUGAUUUUACUUUUUUGCGGUAUAAAACAGUAUUUUUUUUAAUUUUCAAGGGAGCAGUUCCAGCGCUAAGGAUAAAUUAACAGAAGACCAUGACUGUGCUAUCAUGAUGACUAGGGCAGAGUCUUGCCUUGAUAAUCUGAUAAAAUCUGUCGAGAAAGGAACUGUUACAGUUGCCACACUCAAGUUCUUAGAAGAACAUUCCGAUCAAUAUCUAAAGCUGGGUGAGAUACACAAGACGACCCAAAAGGUUUCAAUAUCAAUAGAAGAUUCUUUUUCACAACGACGUCGUGAACUGGAGGCUUUUCUCACAUUAAGAAAACAUGUGGAAUGUUUUAUUUACUUCAGCGACAAAUUCACUUCAGGUAUAUCAGUCAACAAUCUAUUUUCAGCUAGAGCUAGUGAUCCAAAUAAAUUUUAUUUUGUACAUUCCUUAUUUUGUACAUUUGUCUUUGAAACAAAAAGAAACAUUGAACCGGUGGCCCAGGAAAUUUUCCCCUCCUCCACCUAAAUUUUCCUCCCUACGGCCAUAUUUCCUUGUGCAUGAGGGUUACCAGAUAAGGUACAUCAUUAAUUUUCCGUUCCGUAAUCCCAGGUCCGUAACGUAAAUGGAGCCUUUUGAUAGGUCGGCGAGAGGUCCGUAUCACACGGUAAUAGUAAUAUUUUACCAUGUUAUAUUUUUAGUUGAUGAGAAACUACGUGUAUUGCGUGACAAAAUUGUGCAAGAUUAUAAUGAAUUAUCUAUAUGCGAUUUAUGCACUAAACGAUCUGGGGGAUACGACAUAGUGUUUUUUAACCUCGAUGACAAGUUUCACGAGAUGGUGUCGAAAAUAACUGAGAUAAAAAACAGUCAAAUAUUUAAGAAGUUAUGGCAAAAAUACGGCGAAAAAUUGAAAAAUGAACUUGUGACAAUGGAAGUUAUGUUCACCAAGAUUUGGUCAAGAAUUCUUGACAAACUGAAAUCAAUAAAUGAACAAUUUCUUGAUGGUGAAAUGCAACUGAAGAAAGUUGAUAAAUAUUUAGUAAUGUGCAACACAGACUAUGACGGCUUGGAGGAGGAGUUCAUGCUGCUUUCAAGAUAUUUCAGUGGCACAGCACAUUUGGGUGGGGUAAAGAAGAAACUUGGGGUCAGUAUAAAAAAAGUAAGGAGUUAUAAACAACUUUUUGAUGCUCAGCAAGCUGCUCUGGCAAUUCUAGAGUUACAAGAAGUGAUGGGUCUUGAAGGCGAUUUUUCACAAGUCGAAAAGAUUAAAGAGGUUAGAUUAUGUACUUUUUGUUGUAUAACUGUUCCCCAGGGUGUAGUUUCCCAAAAUAUUUGGGUUCUCUCAACUUUAAAUUUGUAUAGUGUAAUGUAGUACAGUGAGAGUUCAUGUUUUUUGCUAAUUAAAAUCUUAUUUUUUGAACCUGAAAUCUGAACCUUCCAUAAAUUUGAAUUUGGAAUAGUACUCCCAAGUCGUUGCUGCAGUGGGAGGGAAAAAGUUAUAACGCAACCACACUCCUUAUUUUUUCUAUCACAAUGCUGCUUUUAAAAAUUAUUUAAAUAUUUUUUUAAAUUAAAAAUUAUUUAAGUUUAUUUUAAAGGUUUUUUUUAAAUUUUGGCUGAACAGAAUUUUUUAAAAUUGUCGAAAGCGUAUCUGUAUCAGUUGCGUAACUCAGUUUAUGAAAAAUUUAAGCGCGUUAUAUAUAUGUUGUUUUGCAUCAGUAAGAUACUUCUUUGUUUUUCAACAAGUAAUAAUUCUCCAAAAAUACUCUUCUAAAUCUUGAAUUUUCCUUUCUUAAAAAACUUUAUCGAGUCACCUUAAGGUAGCUCGCUACACUCUUUAAAGCAAUGGAUGAUUUUCUGAUUUGCACAUGAAUUUCUGGACAAUAAUUAUUUGUAUAAAAACAAAUAGUAUCUGACUUGAAUUAAACAAUAAUAAAGGAGUUCGGAGUUUUUAAAAUCUUACUUCUAAAAACCGUUGCUAUGGUAACAAUGACGUUUCAAUAUGGUGGAUAUUAUCGAUUUAAGGUAAUUUAACUCGAAGAGUCGGUGACCCCAAUUUUUUAUUUUAUAGCAUGAUUUCUUUUGGUAUUUUGAAUUAUUUUCAUGAUUUUAAAAAAUUCGGUCAUACCAAAAUUUUUCAUGAUCGAAAAAUGUAAUAAUUCGUUACAAUUUUUUUACGCAUGACAGAAUUUCUAAAAAUCAUAACAAUGAUUCAAAAUACUAAAUGAAUUCUUUGUAUGAAAUAUAAAAAUGGGGGUAACCUACCUUAUUUUCAAGUUAAAUAACUUUAAACCCAAAAUAUUGGUGAUAUUGAAUCGUUAUUUUUUGGCAUAACAACGGUACUUGCGAUUCCUUUUUUUUGAAAAAUCCAACUCUGUAGUUGUUAUUUUUCUAGUCGGACUUUCUUUAGCAAAUAGGAAUUGUCGAAAAAUUAGGUCUAAAUCGGAGGUCUUCCAUUUUCUUGUAAACUGUAGAGAAGCCACCUUCAAGUUAACCCUUAGCAGCUAUUCGUUAGUCUUACGUCAUAGUCUGAAAUCAUGUGGAUCAUAACUGAACUGCUCACACCUAAACUUGAAUAAUGAAUGUUUAGUCUACCGUGUUAUUCAGCAAUUAUUGGAAUGUAGUAAAACACUGACUACCGGAACACCACCGGAACACCACCGGAACACCGGAACACCACCACUGACUACCGGAACACCACCGGAACACCACCGGAACACCGGAACACCACCUAACCCUAACCCUAACCCCAACCCUAACCCCUAACCCUAAUCCUAACCCCAAACCCUAAUCCUAACCCUAACCCCAAACAAAAUGGUGGUGUUCCGGUGAAACCCUAAUCCUAACCCUAACCCCAAACAAAAUGGUGGUGUUCCGGUGUUCCGGUGGUGUUCCGGUGUUCCGGUAGUCAGUGUUUUACUACAUGCCGCAAUUAUUGGUUACAUGGUUAGAUCAAGCAGGAUGUUUAGGAUGAAACGACGUAUGUGUUGCAUUCAUAGCAUGAUGCAUAAGCAUUUUCAGGUGUUCUAUCGGCAAACACAAUCGUUUCCUAAAUUUAUAGGAACUUCAGUAUUUAUUGGACGAGAAAACCAUAUAUUCUAUUUACUCUUUAUGUAAAGCAGGUAGAUUGUUACUUAAUAAGUUCUUUGUAAGAAGAUGGAUUCUUCACUAUGCAAGAAGAUGAAAGUAAUUCAUUAAUAAAAUAAUUGUAAAUAAAUAAUUUUGACCCAUCUUCUUGUAUAUCUUCUUGUAUCUUCUUCUUCUUUCUUUCUAAGUUGUUACUUGUAUAAAAUAACAUCCAAAAGUUUUGAAUUUUUUCACAACGGUUACGUAACGCCAUUUCUAUGACAACAUUGACGUUUCAAUGUCGAAAAAAACUUUGGUGACUCCCAUAAGUACUUUCUUUUGGCAUGUGGAAUUAUGAUUCUAUAAUUUGUUAUCCACUUAAACAAAAUUUAUUCUAAACAAUCAAAUUUACCAAAUUUGGAGAACUUUGGGUCGACAGAAUUGUUUUAAUAGUUCAAUUUACUAAUGGAAGGCAUUUAAGAUAUAGGGUCACCGAUGUCUUUUUAAUUGAAUUAUUAUAAAACCAAUAUAUUAUAUUCGCCAUAUUGAAAUGUCAUUGUUGCCAUAGCAAGAGUGAUUAUGUAACUUUGGAAAAACUAACCUUUUAGAUACUGUUUUAUAUAAUUAAUAUCUAUACUAGUGAUUUUUCCCAUUUUAAAAAAGAACUGUAUCAAUCCACCUUAAUUUAUGCAGUAUUUUUAAAUUUCUUUCUGAACCUUCAAAAACUGGUUAUAAAGCCCAAAAACCCUGUUUGUCUUGAGGAUUUACUCUGUUGUUUACCCCAUUCGAGCUACGGUUAUUAUAGAGAGGGUAAAAAAGUGGGCGAAAGGGUAAAACACGGAUGAGCUGGUAAAUCGCACUUGACGUGCGCAAAUGAUUCAGCUUGAAUACUAGCAAUCGGUUGAUGAAUAUACGUAAGUAUGCUUUAUGAAUGAUGGUUUAUUUACGUAUCUCAUGUGUUUUUUUCAGAUUAUCGGUGGGAAAUUUGAAAGGCAAGCUAUCAAAUCAGUGAGUGACAAUUUGCUUAAAGCUGGAGAACUGUUAAAGGAUAUAAACCCGACGAGGCGAAGUUGUUUAAUGGCAUUUACAAAAUGUUUUGAUCUGGUUACUUGGUUAAGAAAGAGCAUACAAGGUAAUGCGCCACUGCAGAAUUAAGAUUGCAGAUGAUAUGAUUGCCUGCGGCAAAGCUGUGUGCAGGUUAUGUGUGCAACUAACCUGGAUUUUUAUCUGCAUGUCCUUUCUUUUAUUUCAUUUAUUUAAGUCAGUCUUAUGCCAAGUUGUUUUAACAAUCUGUUGCAUCAUCCACUUUGACAUUUUCCCGACUUAGAAACCAGAAGAAAAAAGCAAGUAGUUGCAUUCCAAUAUUCGGGAAUAAGUUUAGUCCAUGUUUUAAAUGAAAUUUGGAGUGUUUUCUGGGUUGAUGAGUGAAUGUUUUGAACUUUAGACCCAAUUCGAAAAUAAAGAUACACUUUUUAAAUAAAUUAUCAAAUUAAUGGCCUUAAAUUAGCAUUUUAAUUGUAUAUUAAAAUAUCAAUAAUAAUUCGUGAAGAAAAUUCAAAACAAAUGAAUGUUUAAUCAAUGUUUGUAAAUCGGAUAAAGAUUUGUCUUGAUUUACAUAAACUUCAACUUUGAUUCUCUCUGCUUAGACAAUGUUUAUUUUUAAAAUUACUUCGCCAAUGAACUCAUAUCAGAUAAAGAUCGGUUGCGAAUGUUUUAACUAAACACCACACAAAAAGAAAGUUCCCCCCUAAAUAUAUCAUCAUAAGUUCUAAAUAAAUUAUUACCUGAUAAAGAAACCUAGCACUAAUUGGACCUAUGGUAGUUUGCUUAAUGCUGUGUGAACAAUGGGGUCAUUCAUGCUUUAAAGAAUGACUUAGCCUCAAUUGAAUACAAAAAUACCCAAUUUCAAAAUUAACAAGACAUCACCACAAUAGUAAUGUUUCAUCAAUGAUUUAAUAAUGGUGUAACGACCAUGUACGCUUUUCAAUCACUUCAAGGCAUCGUCUGCUCACCCGCCGUUGAGAUACAGGGUGAGUAAAAAAAAACUGAUACCCUCGCGGCUAAUUUUAAUAACAAAGGUGUCAGUUUUUUUUACUCACCCUGUAUGACUUGAGCCCAAGUCAGCCUUCGAACCGACGACUCAAAUGGAUUGAGAUCGGGAGAGUUCCCAGGCCACAUGAUUCUCUUUCUGAAGAGAUGAUGCCUUGAAGUUAUCGAAGAGUGUUGUGGUUACACCCAUUAAAUUAUUGAUGAAACAAUUUACUGUUGUAGCUACGUUGAAAUUUAAAUAAAGUCAUUCUUGUUCAUUUUGAAAUUGGGCAUUUUUGUACUCAAUGGAGGCUAAGUCAUUCUUUUAAGCACGAAUGAUCCCAUUCUUCAAACAGCAUUAAGCAAACUACCAUAAGUCAAAUUCGUGCCGAAGUGUCAUUAUCAGGUAAUCAUUUAUUUAGAACUUACUGCUCAGACAAAGUGCACCCAGUUUAAGUUUGUGAUUCGGAAUAUCAGAAUAUAUGGACAUCAUUACCAAUUGACAGUUUCCCAUUAAAAUAUUAUCUUAAUUUGAACUCCAUUCCAGAUGAACAAGAGCUUAAAGUGUUCGUUGAUUUGGCUAUGAUUUCAGCUGGGGAAGAUGAUAUGGAAAUUGACCGAAUUUCGUGCAUGCACACCAGUUGUCUUGGGUUUGGAUCAUUAAUAUUUGGUUGCAAAACAGAUCAUGGUUUUGAUGACUUAAUGCGACUUUGUCAACCGGUAUGGCAAGCCGUUGACGCAAAUCCAAGCAUUGAAGAAAAAUUGGUGAGCUGUUUUAAAAUUUGAAAUGUAUUUUUUGACUGUCUGUCGUUAAAACCAAACCAACUGAAGACAGUAAGACUUGCAAACGAAACGUAAAGCAAAAUUAAUAUCAUAAUACUUAAUAAAAUCCAUGCCCGCCUAUAGGUCAUAUUGAUGUAUCCAAUUUUAAAAUCCAACCAUAUGAUACAGCUAGUAAUAUUGGUUCACUCCCUUAUUACUUCUAAACUGGAUAGCUGUAAUUCACUGCUAUAUGAGUGGCCAAAAUUCAUGAUUGAUUGAUUGAUUACAAAAUAUGCAGAACAGCGCAGCACGUUUGAUAGCAAGACGGAGAAAAUUUAAUCAUAUCGCGAUCGCCCCUGUUAUGAAAGAGCUGCACUGGCUUGCCGUCAGACAACGUAUCAUUUGCAAGAUACUUUUCAUUACUUAGAUAGCUCUAAAUGGUCGUGCACCAAGUUGCAUUAUAGGGAUAUGCUACAACCGCUCAAAUCAACAAUGAAUCUACGUUCAUCGAUGUUCGGACUUCUCUCAGUACCCCCCCCCCCCAUAAAGUUGGUCAACUAUGGUCAAAGGUCGUUUUCAUAUGCCGCGCCAAAACUAUGGAAUGAACUUCCAGAUUCAGUACGCUAUAGUGAAUCAAUAUCUACUUUUAAAACAAAAUUGAAGACAUAUUUAUUUAAACACUUUUAUAAGUAAUUGACACCAGUCUUACCAAUUUUAAUUAUUGCUAGUUGUAUCUAUCUAACUGACUUUUUAUCUAAUUCACUUCUUAUGUUGACUUUUAUAUAGGCUAGUAAUGGUAAAUAUACUAAAAAUUUAAAUUUUCUAAAUAGCCUACUGUAAAGCGCCAUUGAGCUAUAGGUAAUGGCGCUAUAGAAAUACAUGUUAUUAUUAUUAAAACCUACAUAUUUGAACGAAUCCUCCCCAUCGACCUGGCAUCCAUUAAUUUCAAUUGACUUCCAAAGACAACAAACUUGCAUUUAGCUUCAUUUAAUGUUAAACGAUUUUCGUUAAGCCACCGACAUAAGUUUCAUAGAUCGGAAUUCAAUUUAUCUGCAAUGUCUGAUACAUCAGAAGAUGAAAAAUAAGCAGGUAUUUGACUCAUGGCAAUACCCCCAACCGUUGACAAACAUUCGUAUUUAUAUAAUCAAUAUGGUUUAAUUUCACUAUCGUUCUUAACUGAUCUUCUUGCCAAUUUUAGGAGUGUAGACUGUUGCUUUGCAUACACUCAUAUACUCACAUGCUUGUGUUCGUAUUCUCACAAUAGUUGUAUAGGUACGGUUCCAGUUUUCAAGGGAACGCAAGGAUACAAGUUUAUUUAAUGUUUAUGCGGUUAAUAAGUAAUUGAUAAUAUUAUUCAGAUAAAGAAAAGUCGUAAAAGUUCAGAGAAAGUACCAAGUGAUAUUUUUACUUUGUUUUGCAUGGAUUAGGUGUCUAUGUGUAUACUCAUAUAGUUUUUGUCCUGAGUUGACAAAAAUUCAAUAUUGCUUGCUCGGCGGAAAAUCAAAUUAUUGUUACAAUGAAAUAAUUAUAAUAAUUAUAUAUUUAUUAUCGGCGCAUUUCCAUCUAAGGUGUUAACAACGCGAGGCCUGUCAUGGUUGAAACAAAUUAAAGAGUCACAUGGGUCUGUUGCUCUCACAACUAUGGUUCAAGUUGAAGCAAUCAAUUCCUGCGGUAUUUACUACAUUGCAGACAGCGAAAAAGCUAAGGAAAGUAAACAUGUUAACAAUGGUGUUAAAUUGUGCCUUGAGAAUUUGGUAUCCCUUGUUGUUCCUGAAGACGAAAGUAAGAAUAGAGAAGUAAAGAUUUAUAGCUUGGAAGAAGUAAAGGAUGUUCAAAGUAAAUUGAUGUUGAUUGCUGGGAAAGCAGAAAGUGGAAAGGAGGAGGUUGACCAAUUUAACCAGGUUU